GUAGAUGCCGGCUUGGCAUGGAUCUUGUUCGAUUCGUGUACAUGCACUUUUCUCGAUCUAAAAUCCGUCAUGCAACUUCAGCCUUUCUUAAGUAACCAAUGCUUCGUAGAUCGUAUAUGAAGGCAUAGAGCGAGAUUGCACACAAUACACUCAAUGGCCUUUCGCGCGCGUGAAACGAAAGCGCUUUCACAGCCGUCAUACGCCACUCCAGCUCUUACUGCUUUUCCUUACAUCGACGCGUACUCAAGAAUGUAACAUGAGUGACAGAACAAAGGCUUCAGUAGCCUCCUGCUUUCUUACUCACUGCUGAUCACGGGACAUGCUGUGCGUCGCCCACCGAAGUUUUCCCGAUUGGUCCGUUCUCCUUCCAACAUACCUUCACUAUCACUUCUGCCUGUUCGCUGUCACCAAAUUAAAAAUGACCCUCCAAGCCUCUUAGUGAACACUAACAGCUUCAUCAUUUCAACCCUCCUGAUCAGUCACAACAUGACAUCGCCCUCCAGCAGCACUUCUUGCGAUUCGCGUUCAUUACGAUCUUCUCAGGAAGAUGAUCUUGGUCCCUACUACUCUGGACGAACACUUUCGAUCAAACGGCAUACACCCGCUUUGCCUUGGGGUCGCAGCUAUUGUAAGUCGGAAGUAGACGAUCCAGAAGUGUCCGACGGAGUUUCUAAGGUCGAAUGGUGUCUCACACAUCCUCCUACGCCAGGUAGUACAGACCUGAACGACACGCGCGACAUUAUAUUGAACGACCCAAUUCGAGUUGGCAAUGAAUGUGGCGCCCAGAUCCUAUCAAUCAAUGACGGGCUCGUUGCGAAGAUCUACGAUCCACUUUGUUACAGCUUUCACACUCAAGGCUGGACGAACAACGUCACCGCCGAGGCCGAUCACGAUUAUUGCAUUGAAGCAGCUGUGUACUCCGCGCUGAAUGGCUCCAGUCUUGAGGGCAGCAUGCCGGAAUAUUAUGGUUCAUGGACUGCGGACGUCCUCAUUGAUGUGGAAGGCCGGCAGCAAUCCCGCGAGAUUCGCAUGAUCCUUAUAGAAUACAUUGUGGGCAUAUCAAUGAGAAACAUCAAGCCACAUGAACUCUCCCGCAAGGCGAGAGAGAACAUCAUGUACAAGGUCAUCGAAGCAGACACAGACCUUUUCAUUGCUGGCGUUGAACACGACGAUUUCGAACCUCGAAACAUCCUGAUAAUUUUACCUCUAAGAUUCGAUGCGCCUGAGACGACCUCAUCCUACGAUACAUCUUUCGAAAAUCCAAAUCUUCGCGUAUGCAUUAUCGACUUUGGCAUCUCUUGUGUCUACACUCUGGCGGAUCGCGAACCUCUCGAUGAAAGAUAUCAUAACCCUUUGUUUCGCUGGGCGGGAGCAGACAUGUACAAUGAAUAUGGUUGGUUGUCUCCACGACGAGAAGCUACUGAUUGGAUGUGGGAGAUGUGGGGUUAUGGCGGGUUGGAUGAGAAGUAUAUUAAGGUAGUACGCGAUAUGGAUGAUGUGAUCGGUCGUCCCAUUUAUCCGGAGGACUGAUCCGGAGGACUGAAUAACACGAAAA